GAACGUUGAUUGCAGCUCUUCGAAUAUUGGUCGACAAUGACGAUGACCGUUUGUUUGUGGUUCUGAACGGGGGAAUCACGCUUUGUUUCGAUGCACUGCAUACACUGCAUUCGAUUUACCAUGAGGCAACCGCUUGUCAUGUGUUUGGUGACCUACAAGAACUGCUUACUGAGGUGAUAUUGCUGAUCAGCACACUGCGAGCAAGUUGUCGAGAACAAAAGAAGCGACCACCGCCAGCUUUAAUGAAGGGACUUCCGGAUGCCGUGCGGCGGUUAGCAACACUAUUAAAUACAUUUAACCCGCCAGAAAUGCGCAACAUCGCACUGGAGGUGCUUAAGGAACUGGUCAAGUGUGCACCGCCGGAGAUCAUCAGUACUGUUUUGGUUCCAUUGCUGACCCACUGCCACACACAUAAUGUUUCACACACGAUCAGUGCUCUUGGGUCGUGCUUUCCGCGACGAGGUAUGAAGGCAACCUGGCCACCAGUUUCGAAGAAUACUCCUCGUCCGCCUAGACCGAUGGUUCAAAUGAACAUACCGCAAUCGCAGAUCUGUGAAAAGGGGCUUGACAAAGACUUUGACCUCGCAUUGGAACUGUUCUAUCGGCCGUAUCAUGAGUUCUUAGAUAUAAUGUUCCGCGUGGCGGUAACUUCCAGUCAGUUUACCGAAGCUCUGGUGCACCUGUCGUUGCUGACAGGCAUUGAGGCUGUUGUGUUGCAUUUUAACGUUUUCGCCAAGUUUUGGGUUGGCAUUUACAACAAUAAAACUACCAACAGGUAUUCUGAAUUGUUGAUAAAAAAUCCUCUACUGGUGGACUACAUCGAUGAUAUACUGAGAGAUGAGAGACUGUCACUAAAUGAUCCUGUGAUUGCGAAUUUUAUUGAAAUCUAUUAUCCGAAGAUCAAAUCACGUCUUGUUGUUCCUCGGCUGCUAGAAUCUAUCUGCCAGUUAUUGCCGGACAAAAGUAACUUGGAAGAUAUAUGUGGGGAUCUGCAAGCAAUACGCAUCAUCGGUCAACGUACCGGGAUUCCGGGCGCGGUUAAAACCCUGUUGCAAAAUUCCCUGCAUGCGGUGCUGCUUCGGUUUAAAGACGAAAUUUACAGUGAUGAAGAAACACCACCGAAAAAACGUAAAAUGACUGCUAGUUCAGGUCAGUGUGGAAGCAGUUUGGCUCAGGUACAACACCCACUGUUACAGCCAUCUGCAGAGCCAGAAGAUUCAGGCGAUCCGAAAUCGAUGACAGAAUCCCUUCAACAAGACGAACAAAAUCAGUUUGACAGAGUAAAUCAUUCCAGUGAGGAAAAACUAAGAGAGAAAAGUGUGGAAGCAGACAAUGCUUCAGUAAGAGAGCUAUCAACGCAAGACAACAAUACUGUGAGUAGUGAAGAUAAGGUCGCUGGAGCAGUCACAUUAGAAUCUAAGCAGGAACGCGAGGGACAAGACACUGAAGAAGGUAAGGCUGAAUCGGAUCGGGGAGGUAUAACCGACGACACUGAAAACAAAGUUAUAUAA